GCUGCUAGCAUUGGUGGAGAGACCAGCAAGACGGCAGCGUCGGGAGAAGCGCCUGGGUUGCUGACCGGGUACGGAGGAUCGGAUGGGGAACAUCAAAGGUGAUUAGGAUCAUGGCAGCAGAUGAUGAAAAUGGUGAUAGAACGGAUUUAUUUGAUGUCCUCUUGGCUUCUCCUCUUAAGAAUAAUGAUGAAAGUUCAUUGGACAUUUAUGCUGGACUGGAUAAUACUCUAACUGAUAAUUCUUCCAAACUCUGCCCACCAUCGAGGAAUUGCUUAGAUUUGUAUGAGGAGAUUUUGACUGAAGAAGGAACUGCAAAGGAAGCAACCUAUAAUGACUUGCAGCUUGAGUUUGGAAAAUGUCAGAGGCAAAUUAAAGAGCUACUGAAGAAGUAUAAAGAAAUACAGACACAGAAUUUCAGCCUACAAAAUGAGAACCAGUCUCUUAAGAAGAAUAUUUCAGCACUUAUCAAAACUGCCAGGGUGGAAAUAAAUCGCAAGGAUGAAGAAAUUAAUAGUCUCCACCAAAGACUUUCAGAAUUUCCACAUUUUCGAAAUAAUCACUCGAGAGUCAGCCCUCCAGGAUCAGCAAAUUCAAGAUCCUCAGAUACAGCUAAAACAAAAGACCUCAAGUUCAGAUCUCCACGGUUAGAUGAUAGUCCCAAGGCUGAUCAUCGAGUGAAAAAUGACUCUUCCAAAGAUGUACAUCAUAGCACUUUAUCACCAAACCAGGAAAAAGAAGUUAAACCACAGUGUGAAAAAAGAAGCACUUCACAUUUACCUACAUCUGCUGAAAAACGUUACAAUGGUGGCAUUUGGUCAAAUCAGCAUAAUCAGGUCCUGGAAGAUAGUUCAGAUGAUGAUGGUAGAAGAGGAAGAAAAGAAGUAAAAAAUUGUGAACAAUAUAACAGGGGAGCUGAUAGAAUAAGAAAAGGCUUAUUUCACAAUAGCAAUGGAAAUGGAGAAAAGAGAAACAUAGAUGUUGAUCGAAGGCCACAAGGUCCUCGUGAUAAAUGUAGCAAAAUUGAGUCAAAGCCAGAAAAUAAGAAUUCAAAGUUGAAAAGCAGCCCAGAUUCAGAUUAUAGAAGUGACUGGAUUAACUCUUCCUGGGAAAAAGAGGCACCUAAAGGAAGGUCACAUACUCGAUUAGAUUCUCAGAGUGAUGAAAGACUAGAAAGGCUAAGUGAAAGGUCACAGAACUCAAAUAGAAAAGAACCUAGGUCAUAUGACAAAGAUGAUAGAAAAGUUGAUCCAAAAUCCAAAUUGAUGGUAAAGGAUCAUGAACAGUGGAGAAGAUUUGAAAGAGUACCCCCUCCCCAUUCAUGGAAUGAAACAGGAAGAAGUUUUCAUAAAUCAUUUAAACCCCAUAUAGAAGAUAGAAGAGGAAGGGAAACAGAAUUUAAAAGAGAUAGAAAUAUAAAUGAUUAUGGAUUUCAAGACAAAAGGUCUCCACCUUCUGUUUCAAGCAGUAGGACACACAAAUACUUUGACUCCAAGGAAGAUGAUACUAAAUACCAUACAUAUUCAAAAACAGAAAGGCAUAGAACUGAAGAUAAAAGGAAAAGAGAGAAAGAAAGCCAUGAAUACAGACAUACCCGAUGUGAAAGAAAAAUGCCUGUGGAACAUUUACAAAAGACUGAAAAAGAAAUUAAGAAAAUUAUUAUUGAUUCAAAGAGAAGGAAUGAACAAAAUGACAAAAAUGAAGUUUCAAAGGUUGAAGAAAUGUCUGAAGGAAGAGAUAGGAAAGAACUGAAGAAAGUUGAAAAUGGCCAGAAUGAAACAAAAAGUAACCUAAAGUUAAGUUUUAUGGAAAAAUUAAAUUUAACUCUUUCUCCUGCUAAAAAGCAAUUUCUGGGCGAGGAAGAUAAGAUUAAAAUAAACAAUACCCUUAAAUCCAGUGACAGACAUGCUUCUGAUACUUCAUUGCAGGCAAAACCAGUAAAAGUACCAGUGUCUAUGAAUUCUGAUUGUAAAGAAGAAACCAAGUCAUGGUUACUAGAACAAAAUGAUGUUAUACUGGCAGGCUCCAAAUCCAAAUUCGACAUUUCUGAAAACAAAAUAAAGAAUGCAAAUGAUUCUUUAGUAAAAUCUUGUGACUUGCCUGUUUCUAGUAAAGAAUCACUACUUCAGCCACAAAUGGAAGUGCUAGAAACAAUGAAUGAUAAUGCAGCUCCUGUUUUAAUGGAUGUACUACAUGUAACUGUUCCCUGCAGUGUUGGCUUGGAAUUGGAGAAUGUAAGCAAUGAUGAAUUAGACCCCUCUGUUGUUCCUGAAAAUAAUAGUAUUAAGUCAAACCCUUCAGUGGAGGUGACUGAUACUGGUGAGAACAGUCUAAAGCUUCCAACUGGAAAACAUCCCAUUAUUUCAACAGUCUCAUCAAAGAUCCAUGAUGACUCUAAGUCUAAGCCAUCCAUUGAAGCUAUACCUGUUGUUGAGAAUAAUGCUUGUAAUGUGGAACUGUGUUUACCCAAGCAAAACUUAGAACGUUAUCUUCAAAUGAAUAUGGACAAUAGAAUAGAAGUUGGAGAAACAAACUCAGAGUACCAUGAUGAUGAAAAUUCUGUUAUGAGCAUUGAUCUAAAUCAUAUGAGACCUAUUCCAAACGUCAUCAGUCCACUGAAUAGCCCAGUUCGUCCUGCAGCUAAAAUUCUAAGGAUGGAAAGCCCAGGCAGAGUUCCAGUGUUAAAAAACAACCAUAAGGAUUUGGUUCCAGCAAACAUUGUUAGCUCUCCCUCUAAGAAUUUAUCAAAUGAACUCAACAAAGAAAAUCAAAAGCCAGUUUGCAAACCUGAUAAAUGUUCAGAAAUAAACCCUGACACAGAUUUGUCUUCAGAUGAACUUGAAGAAGGAGAAAUUGUAAGUGAUAGUGAAAGAUCUAAACCACAAAGAAAUUUUGAAAAUAAUAAAAAUGCCAAACCAAGAACUUCUGCUGAAGCACAGAGCACAAAUAAUAGUCCCCAAAUCAGAAAAAGUAGCACUACACAUUUGGAUGAAGGCACUGGAAAUAAAGUUUCUGUCAAAGUCCAUCAAAUCAAGAACAAGAAGGAUAAACUAUCAAAUGAUUCUACUAAGUUUUCAAAGACAGAAAAUAAAGGAAAAACAGUGAGUACUUCUUGCCUGGAAAAGAUAGUUCAGAUUAUUGUUGAGCCCUCUUCUGUUCAAGAGGUUAUGCAAAUGCUAAAAGUUAUAAGAAAACAUGUUAGGAAAAAUUAUAUGAAGUUUAAGAUAAAAUUUUCACUACAACAAUUUCAACGGAUUAUUGAAUCUGCAAUUUUGAAUUUUACAUCACUGAUCAAAUACUUGAAUAUGUCUAAGAUAUCUAAGUCAGUGGAUACUUUGCAACAAAGUCUCUGUGAUGUUAUAGAAUCUAAACUUAGGCAGGUUAAAAAGAAUGGCAUAGUCAAUCGUUUAUUUGAACAGCAGUUGCCAGAUAUGAAAAAGAAGUUGUGGAAGUUUGUAGAAGAGCAGCUGGAUUAUUUGUUUUCGAAACUGAAGAAGAUUUUGAUAAAAUUCUGUGAUUCCAUAAGUUUGGGAAGUGACAGUGAUGAAGGCAAACUUGACGUGGCAAAUAAAGAUAAAUCAAAAUACUCAAUUAGUCAGAGAGAGAAUGUGAAUCAUUCUAAUAAAGGAUCUUUGAAAGUCAAAUCCCAACAGACAGAGCAAUCAGUUGACUACAGAUCAACACUGGGACAUCAGAAACCUGAAAAAACACAUUACCAAGAUCAAAAAAUCCCCAGACCCAAUGCAGUGAAACAGAGUACUGAAAAAUGUUUAAAUACCUCUAUAGACAAUACAAAGGACUCUUUAUCCAAAGUGUCAUCUUUAGAACAAAAUGAAUUUCAGAGUACUCUGAUUUCCACAAAAACUACUGAAAACACAAUAGAAAGUGCAGAGACAGCCAAAAACUUGAAUAAGAAAGUAGAACAUAGUUUUGAAAUUCUUACAGAGCAACAGGCAUCUAGUCUGACUUUUAAUUUAGUGAGUGAUGCCCAGAUGGGUGAAAUAUUUAAAAGUUUGUUGCAAGGUUCUGAUCUUUUGGAUCAGAGUGUUAACUGUAUUGAAAAGUGUCAAUGGGAAUUGAAGACACCAGAAAAACAUCCUUUAGGGAGUCAGAAGAGUGAGCUUAUCCCAGGUUGUCAUAUAGAAGAAGUUUCAGGAGUGUCUUCUCCAAGUCUUAAAACAAUUGUUGAUCUUAAUUGGUCUUCCUCAUCAUUUGAAAAGACUCCAUCUCUUUCAUCCAGACUUCAGUUGCCAGUUCAUCCUGAUGUACUAGAUGAAAGUUGUAUGUUUGAGGUUUCUACUUGUGUAGCUUUGAGUAAAGAGAAUGCAUGUAAUUCAGAAAAGAGUAAGUCCUGCAUUUCUUCAAUUCUUCUUGAAGAUUUAGCAGUCUCUCUAACAGUACCAUCACCUCUGAAGUCAGAUGGUCAUCUUAGUUUUCUAAAGCCUGAAACUUCAUCAAGUUCAACUCCUGAAGAAGUUAUUAGUGCCCAUUUUAGUGAAGAUGCACUACUUGAAGAAGAAGAUGCCACUGAACAAGAUAUUCAUUUAGCCUUGGAGUCUGAUAAUUCAAGCAGUAGAUCAAGCUGUUCAUCAUCAUGGACAAGCAGGCCUGUUGCUCCUGGCUUUCAGUAUCAUCCUAACUUACCAAUGCAAGCUGUCAUAAUGGAGAAAUCCAACGAUCAUUUCAUUGUUAAAAUUCGGCAUGCAGUACCACCUUCCACGUCAGGUCUUGACCAAAAUAAAACAAGUGAACAGUCUGCAAUAUCUUUACAUGAAGUGGAGAAGGAAACCAAUGGAACUGCAGAAAAAAGUAUCUCUUGUCAGAACUCUACAAUUCAGUCUGUGGAAGAAUCAGAAAAUUCUAAGAGAAAUGUAAAUACUGAUAAUUUGGGUAGUGACAAUCAGAGUUCUAUUAUACAAACACAAGUUCCUGAUAUAUAUGAGUUAUUUAAAGACCCAUCAGAUAAAGCAGAUCACAAAAGUGAAAUUGUAGGUGAAUGUUUUGAAUUGAAUCAAAUGUGGGAACCAAAGGUUCCCGAAAGCAUCAAAGAGUUGCCUACAAUUGUGGAAGUUCCACAGCACGUAGAGUGUAGUGUUGAGAGCUCAUAUGUAGACUUAACAAAGCCUUCUUCCGUUGAGAUUGAAAAUCUAGGGAAACUUGCAGCAGACUCCAUUUUAAACAUUGAUCAUUUGGAAUGUCCAGCAAACAGAUUGGAUCAAGAUAGAAUUACACGUGAGCCUUUACAGCAUGUUGCAAAAGAUAUAUUCAUUGAUUUAACAGAAGAAACUUCAAAUGAUAGUAAAGUAAAUGAGAGUGAGUCUGCUUUGCCUGUGACAAGUUUAGAUGAAGAUAAUAGUAGAAAAGAAGAGGAACAUCUGACAAAUGAACAUUUGGAAUGUAUUGUUGAGAGCACAUAUAUUGAUUUGACAGUAGAUCCUCCUAGUGAGAGUGUAUUAAGUAAGGAUAAUAUUAGAUUAGAAUCUGCAUUAAAUACGGAUCAUUUAGAAUGCAAUGGAGUUUCAACAAACAUGCAGAAAAAGCGAAAAAACCAUUCUGAUCUCAAUUAUUCCACUAAAAAACAAAGAAUUGAAACUGAAUUAUCCAGUGAAGAAAACAAAAGUACUGAAAGUUCUGAAGACAGUGAUGCAGCUCACCAAAAGACAUCUAAUAAGAAAAAAGCAAUGCCAGAGAAUAAAGAUGCCUCAUCAUCAACCUUUCCCUCUCCUACAAGUCUUUCAGCAAAGAAUGUUAUUAAAAAAAAGGGAGAAGUUGUGAUUUCAUGGACGAGAGAUGAUGACAGGGAAAUUCUGUUGGAGUGUCAGAAAAGAGGACCAUCAGCAAAAACUUUUACUUUCCUAGCUACCAAGUUGAAUAAAAGCCCAAAUCAGGUUUCAGAAAGAUUCCAGCAAUUAAUGAAGCUGUUUGAAAAGUUGAAAUGCAGAUAAUUUGCUGAAUUCCUUGGAGUCAUAGUUGACACUUUGUACUACAUGGAAGUUCAAAAUCCUCAUACUUUAAAUAAAUCUACUGAAAAGUCUGUGGACUUUUUUUAAAAAAGGAGGCUUUAAUCCCUCUGUGGCAUUUCUAUAUUUUUUUCCAUUCAUUGACUGACUCAAUUCAAUUUUUUAGUUAUUUCAGUGACAAAUAAACCUGAUAUAAGUCAGGUUGUUAUUUUUUUUUUAUGGUUCUAGCUGAGUAAUUUACAUGUUUUUGUGGCAUAGUUAUUUUCUAAUAUGUUAAAAUGCCCAUAUCUGUAUAAAAAUGUAAGCAACACCACUUUGAUUGUAUAAAAAGUUUGCCUUUGAUUUUUCAAAAUAACAACACAACUGAAACUCCAGCCCACUACCCCCAGUUUCAUGGGGUUUGGAUUUUUAACUACAAAUGUAUUUAUAGUUUUAUAUCAGUUUUUUCAUGCUUCUGCUUAUGUCUCCUCUUAUUUUGGUAAAUUGUAAAAACUCUUUAAAAUGUUUCUGUAAAUAUAUAUAAAUCUAUGUAUGGAUGUAUAAAAACCCUUGUUUUGUGAGUGUGUGUGUGGGUGUACAUAUAUAUAUAUAUAUAUAUAUAUAUACACAUACAUAUAUGGCUUUGCCUAGCCAAAGAUUUUUAACUGUACAAAUUUUUUUUGGUAUAAUUUAAGUUUGAUUACUGUAACAGUAAUGUGACAAAAUAAAACCUGGAAAGUUGUUUGAGUUUUUA